CGGCGCGGGAGGUGUCGGCCGGCCACAGGUGCAGCGCCGCGGGGCGGCCGCCGCCAGCCGCCAGGGGGGGCGCUCCCCGCCGGCCCCGGCCCCAGCCCCAGCCGCAGCCCGGGGAGGUUCAGAAGCUCAAAGCAUGGAUAAAAAAGGAUAUCGACGAGGGAGCUUCCAAAGCAGCACUAGCGACGAAGAUAUGGUGGAGAUAGAAGGGGUUACCCUGGACUUCUCCAUGGCGGAUGAUGUUCCCCCACUGGACAGGGAGAUGGGAGGUUGGAGGGUUGGCUCAUGUGACUGUCAGCCGGUGACGACAUGCUCAGACUGCAGGGAGAGCCGGCAGUGCUGUAGACUACCCUUCAGCCUAACGCCAAGGGGAGAGAAUGCAGCAAGUGCUGCUGCUGUAAAGGGAGUUCCGCCGGGCAGAUUCCCUGGAGAGUUUUACUCGUACAAUGGAGGAGAGAUGAACGGCACAAGCAAGAUGAUGGAUUUUCUGGAGGAACCUCUCCCUGGAGUGGGAACCUAUGAAGAUUUCAAUACCAUAGACUGGGUGAGGGAGAAGUCCAGGGACCGGGACAGGCACAGAGAGAUUACUAGUAAAAGCAAAGAGUCGACAUGGGCCCUGAUUCAUAGUGUGAGUGAUGCAUUUUCUGGUUGGCUGUUGAUGCUCUUAAUAGGUCUUUCAGCAGGUUCCUUAGCUGGUCUGAUAGAUAUUUCUGCCCACUGGAUGACAGACUUGAAAGAAGGGGUGUGUCUAAAAGGCUUUUGGCUUAACCAUGAGCACUGCUGCUGGAAAGCUGAGACACCCUUUGAAAACAGGGACACGUGUUCAGACUGGAGGAUUUGGUCUCAGCUUAUUAUUGGCACAUCAGAGGGUGCAUUUGCAUACAUUCUCAAUUACUUUAUGUAUGUUAUCUGGGCCUUAUUGUUCUCCCUCCUGGCUGUGUCACUUGUCAAGGGGUUUGCUCCUUAUGCCUGUGGCUCAGGAAUCCCAGAGAUCAAAACAAUUUUAAGCGGUUUCAUCAUUAGAGGCUAUUUGGGCAAGUGGACCCUGAUCAUCAAAACCAUUACCUUGGUGUUGGCAGUGUCAUCUGGCUUGAGUUUGGGAAAAGAGGGCCCCCUGGUGCACGUCGCCUGCUGUUGUGGAAAUAUCUUGUGUCAUCUUUUCAUCAAAUACAGGAAGAACGAAGCCAAACGCAGGGAGGUUUUAUCUGCAGCUGCAGCUGCUGGCGUGUCAGUAGCUUUUGGCGCACCUAUUGGAGGGGUGUUGUUUAGUCUGGAAGAGGUCAGUUAUUAUUUUCCUCUGAAGACGCUGUGGAGAUCUUUCUUUGCUGCACUAGUAGCAGCAUUUACUCUACGCUCCAUCAACCCCUUUGGAAACAGCCGCCUGGUUCUGUUUUACGUUGAGUUCCACACGCCUUGGCAUCUUCUGGAGCUUGUGCCGUUCAUCCUCCUAGGAAUAUUUGGUGGUUUGUGGGGAGCUUUCUUUAUUCGCAGCAAUAUUGCUUGGUGUAGGAGACGAAAGACAACCAAACUUGGCAGGUAUCCUGUUCUGGAGGUUUUGGUUGUGACUGCUGUCACAGCCAUCCUAGCCUUUCCCAAUGAGUACACCCGUAUGAGCACCAGUGAACUCAUUUCUGAACUGUUCAAUGACUGUGGGAUUCUAGACUACUCCAAGCUCUGUGAGUACGUGAGUGACUUCAACAGCACCAAAGGAGAUGAUCUGCCAGACCGUGCUGCUGGUCCAGGAGUCUACACAGCGAUGUGGCAGCUGGCUUUAGCACUUAUCCUGAAGGUUUUCAUCACCAUAUUCACCUUUGGCAUGAAGGUUCCUUCAGGUCUGUUCAUCCCCAGUAUGGCUGUUGGUGCCAUAGUAGGUAGACUACUAGGAGUAGGAAUGGAGCAGCUGGCUUACUAUCACCAUGACUGGACUAUCUUCAGUGGCUGGUGCAGUCAAGGGGCUGACUGCAUUACUCCUGGACUUUAUGCAAUGGUUGGGGCUGCUGCAUGUCUAGGUGGAGUAACCCGUAUGACUGUGUCACUGGUGGUCAUUAUGUUUGAACUUACCGGUGGACUGGAGUAUAUUGUUCCCCUAAUGGCAGCGGCCAUGACCAGCAAGUGGGUGGCAGAUGCAAUUGGACGGGAAGGCAUCUAUGAUGCCCAUAUUCGCCUCAAUGGUUAUCCCUUCCUAGAGGCCAAGGAGGAGUUCUCACACAAGACUCUUGCAAUGGAUGUCAUGAGGCCACGACGGAAUGACCCUCCUCUGACUGUCAUCACUCAGGACAGCAUGACUGUAGAGGAUGUGGAGGUCAUAAUCAAUGAAACCACGUACAGUGGCUAUCCAGUUGUUGUGUCACGGGAGUCACAAAGGCUUGUUGGUUUUGUCCUCAGGAGAGACCUCAUCAUUUCAAUAGAAAAUGCCAGGAAGAAGCAGGAUGGGAUUGUGAGCACUUCAAUUAUUUAUUUUACUGACCACUCUCCACCACUGCCUCCAAGCUCUCCGUCCAUGCUCAAACUCAGGAGUAUCCUGGACCUGAGUCCUUUCACAGUGACAGACCAAACACCCAUGGAGAUUGUUGUGGAUAUAUUUCGCAAGCUAGGACUACGCCAGUGCCUUGUCACGCACAAUGGGAAACUACUUGGGAUCAUUACCAAAAAGGAUGUAUUAAAGCACAUUGCACAAAUGGCUAACCAAGACCCAGAUUCUAUACUCUUCAAUUAAAAACAGACCCAUAGGAAUUGUGUGUUUGACACAACAAAAGGAACUUUGUAAAAGACCCUGGAUUUUUCUCGUCUAUUUUUAUUGAGAACCUGGAGCUAUCUUCAGAGUUUCCCUAUAUGGAGCUGAAGAUAAUCAUGUUUUUUUUACAAGAUAACUAAUUGCACUACAUAAUCUGUGGAAAUUUAAUCUUCUCUUUAGAAGAAAAGACUUUUAUUAUAUUGCUUUUGUGAAGUUGCAUUGGAAAGAUUCCAUGAAGGAGUAAAAGCAAAAUGCUACAGAAUUAAAUCUGUUCCUUUUUUUAUUUUAUUUGAAUGCUUUCAUAGCUAAUGUGGGGAGGGAAAAAAAGUAUCAGUCUUAAGUCUACAGAAGUCUUGGAAGAGGAGGAUGGUUGCACAUAGUUCUCAGGGGCUGCCUGAGAAAGGUGUAGUCAUAAGUAAGGGCCAUUGCUUCCUGAUAGCUGCUUGGUAAAAACAGAAAUCUGGUGCUUGCUUUUAAAAGCUUAAAAAAAAAAAAAAAGAGAGCUGAUUGUUAGGGUGACUUUCUCCACUCUACAUUUGAAUUCAAGGGAAAUCUACUAGUUCCUUUAUGCACUGUCCAGCUAAAUGAAAACUUAUUUUGCUGCUUCAAGCAAAAAAAAAAAAAGUUUUCUACUGAAGCUGUACUCUGUUUCUAAUCAGAAUGUUGCUUCAUUUUGGUUGGUCUUCUCUGAAUGUAUUUAACUUCCCUCUGUGGCUUACUCCCUAAAAGUACCCAAAGGAGAACAGAAGGUGUUAUCGGUUGCUUUCUUGUAACUCCCCUUUUCUCCUAAACUGAAGGAUCUCUCCUCCUUGACUUCUCUAAAAAUGAUUAAUUGAAAUGAUUGACAGUUCUAAAUUAUUGCCCUAGUUUUUACUGCACUUCCAAGUAAUCCUUAAUCACAUUUGAUUAUUGAACAACUGACCUCUUACCUAAUCAGCAGCAUCUUAUGUUGUGAGGAUAUGGCUGUGGGAAGUCCCUGUAUCCACAAUGUUUACAUGAAUGCAUGCGCCAUGUGACCAGCCUCCUUUCUCUCUGUUGCAGUCUAACUCAGGAUGGAAUCCUGUCUGUAGGAUUGAGUACACUGCCACUUUAUGUACAGUCACCACUUCCUGUCUUGGUCUUAUUACCAGCAACUAUGCAAUAAAAACCCCUUUAUGACCACUCCAGCAGUACAAUUCACAUCCCUUCCCAAAAUGUCCUUCUAAAAUCAUUGCGUCCCAUACUCUAUCAGAGUGCCGCUAAUGAGAUCACUUGACCGUUCACUGCAGAUUCAGUCAGAAACCAGCCUGCUUCACUUUAGCAGCCACUUCAGACCAGGUCAGGUUAAGUUGGGAUUGGCAGUGGAAUUCAGCAAAGCAGACAAAAGACGAUUGUCCAUAUAAAGUGAGUCAAAAGCUGAACUGUCAGAAGCUAUGGGCAAAAAUUGGGCUGACACUAACAACUUAAUGGGAACUUUUAAUCCAUUUCUUAGAUGGACAAACCUUGAACCACUGAAACAACCAUUACCUUGAGAACAAGUUUGCCCCUCUUGGCACCCUUUCCUGAAAGGGACAUAGGGAGUAAACUCUCCUUAUCCUUAGGGAUGGUUCCUUCAGACCAGGGCUCAGGCAUGUUGGCAGGAGGUGAUGUGCCUGCCAUCCAACAAAGUAUUGCUGCCCAUGAUAAACCUGGUCUGUGGGUAAGUAGGACUCCUCUCUCCAGAGCUGGCAGGUACCUUCCAGAAGUGCUAGAACUUGUCUUCAACAUAAAUAAGCUGGUUUCUUUUGGAAAACACUUAUAUCAGCUUCAAAACCACUUGCAAUUGCCAUUGCAUCCUAACAAGAUGACGAUGUCUGCUACUCUGAUUAUAUUGUUUAGUAAAGCUGAGUCAGCCGACCAAAAUGUUAUCAAUAAUAAUUAUCUUCUGUUUGGAAAUAAAUGCCUUGAAUGUCUCUAAUGUUGCUUGUUCGGCAGGAGACAGUUAUGUUCCCUUUUUUAUUACAGAAAGAAUGCUUGUUAGUCCCAUCUGUAGCCUUGAAUGCUUCAGUGAGCUGUAUUCAGGGCUUGUCAUGAAGCUAAUCAUUGAGUGUUUGCCCUGUCUCAUUUUCAGAGAACUGUCCCCAGUCUCAUGACAAAUGAAUACUGUGCAAUUCUGAUUUCAAAAACUGCUAUUAAAAACACUAUUUUUGGUUAAGUUAUAAUCA